AUUUCUGCGUCCUGGCGCGCUGGUUGCGGAAUAUCUAUUAGCUAAGAGAGUGAGCGGAUGGCGGGGUUCAGGACGCGCGACGGCGCGCGAGUAUUAGGCGACAGUGCCUCGUGGUUCACGCAUGCUGGCCCAGUGGAGCGAUGGCAUGUGUAGUUGCUUGGUGUUGCGCUGCGUGCGGGCUUGCGACGAUUCGACUCGCCAUGAUGAAGACUGUGGUCAGGACGAUAGAAGAGGUCAUCGAGCUGCUAUGCGUGAGGGUCCCUUCGCACGAAAAGCAAACACGAACGUAAGCAAAUGGUGUCAUUGCUAUGGUGCCAAGACGAGCGGCAGGAUGCAGGCACAGCACAGAUCAGGCGGGGCAUGCCACCAAGCGAGGCGAGUGAUGGGCUUCUUCUUCUUCUUCAACAUUCUGUUAUUCCUCUCCACUCCAUUCUCCCAUUGCCGGGGUUCUAUCUACGAAUACAGUCAAAAUCAGUAAUAGUACAAACAAGAGGGAAGACCACUCGACGCCAAACCGAUGCCAGCGCCAAUUAGUCUUCCCGGCCGGAGCUACCGUCGCCUUGA